AUGGCACACUUUGUUAUUCACAAACGUUUUAUUAUCAUUUUAGUGUAUUUUCUCCAGUGUAGUCUGACAGAACAGAGUCCGGUUAACUACUUCUACCAGGAUAUCGAACGUAAAAACAUCGUCAAACGUGGACUACUUUCUCAGUUUGUUGACACCAUUUGGCAUAUAAUAUAUAACUUCACCGGAGCCUCGUUUAAAGCAACACGCUCCACUCCUUCUGCAGGGUCUGUCAGAACGAAUCCGCCGCCACCUACCGACAAUACGGGUGUCUGUGGCGACAAUGAAUCGUGUUCAUCAUGGCAAUUUAACGGCUUCUGUGAAAACGCAUUCUAUGCGCUCGAAUUCAGAAAAAGAUGGUGUGGAGUUUAUUGCGGGCUAUGUACAGGAUAUUGA